UGUGAAACCUAGUUCUGACAUGGCUGCGUAGGUGAAAAUCUUUAUUACAUGGAGUCUCCAGUUUCCAUUCAAAUCCGCCGACAGCGCAAUAAUUUCCAACUCUCUAAGGCAAAGAUCCCACCAUCCUCUUAAAAACUGAACCCCCUCUCAAUGCUUCCAUAUUUAGGAGAUCUCUGCAAGUUUUUUUUCUUCAAACCAAAAAAACAUGGUACAAACAAAGAAAUUCCGAGGUGUUCGGCAGCGUCAGUGGGGCUCUUGGGUAUCUGAGAUUCGCCAUCCUUUACUGAAAAGAAGGGUAUGGCUAGGCACAUUCGAGACGGCUGAGGCAGCGGCAAGAGCAUAUGACCAGGCUGCCAUUUUGAUGAAUGGACAAAAUGCCAAGACCAAUUUUCCUCCUGCUACUGCUCACAAAGAUGAUUCUCCAUUGCCUCCCAAGGCUCUUUCUGAGCUUCUCAAUGCUAAGCUCAAGAAAUGUUGCAAAGACCAGUCUCCAUCUCUUACUUGCCUCAGGCUUGACACUGAUAAUGCCCACAUUGGAGUUUGGCAAAAACGUGCAGGCACUCGUUCCAGUUCCAGUUGGGUCAUGAGGGUUGAUCUUGGGAAUAAGAAGACAACUACACCGCCAUCGGAAGAUGGACCGGCAUUAUCAUCGCCACCUAUAGCCGAUGAGAUUGAAGGGGAAAGUCACGUAUUGGGAGAAGAAGACAGGAUUGCACUGCAGAUGAUAGAAGAAUUACUCAAUUGGAAUUGUCCUAUGGUUUCAACUUCAAGUGGAGUUUAAAAAAAGCCAUAUCCAUGUAGCUUGCUCAUAAACACCAUUGAUCUCACUGUAAAACUGGUGCAAUAAGCAGUAUUUUUUUAUUUACUAGGUAACUGUGAAAUUUACUAUAUCAACAUAAAGCAAGCACCAAUGCUAGUGGCUUCAGGAACCUGAAUUACCCAUAUGUUUGAAUUGUCAA